CUAUCAGUCAACUCCGUGUAGAAGAUUAGAUCAUGUUGUACAGAAUACUGGGUUUGGUUGUCACUGUCGUUGCCGUCGGCGGUGCGGAUGUGUGUCGUCUGCCGUCACGUCUGUGGUGCAGCUCCAGGAAAACUGCUGAUGACUGUCAAGUAACACAGCAGUGUUCAGCACAGGACUGGAGCCACGAGACAGCAGCGCCCCCUGUCCACCUGGUCUUGUACUACGAGUCGUUGUCCCCCUUCUGUCAGCGGUUCAUCACAGAACAGCUGUUCCCAACCUUCUCCAAGCUUGGUACCGACGUCCUCAACAUCACCGUCCUACCUUUCGGCAACGCUGAAGAAUAUCAGGAGGGCGACAAAUGGUUGUUCACAUGCCAGCACGGCAGAGGGGAGUGCGAGGGCAACCUCAUGGCCACAUGCGCCCUGAAGACCACGUCCUUCAACUCCACAGCCUACCUGCCCUUCAUCAACUGUAUGGAGACACAUGCCACAGAAAACACCAGCUGGCCAGCGCUGCUCCUUAAUUGUGCUGCUCGAAACAACGUGUCCCAUACAGAGAUCUCCAGCUGCAUGAAGAGUCACGAAGGCAACGAACUGGAGCACCAGAUGGGCGUGGCCACCAAGGCGGAGGGGGUAGACUAUGUCCCGUGGAUCGUCGUUAAUGGACAUCACAACGAUGUAACGCAGGAGGCUGCUCAGAAUGACCUCUUCCAGUUGGUCUGUCAGAGUUACUCUCGCAUUCCGCCUGCGCCGUGUACCAGUGUCCUGAGCACAGACUUGAAAGUGUCAUUUAAACGUUCCCGCAAAUCCAAGUUUGCAAAGAAACGUCACUAUUAAAUGGUGACUCGAUAAUUGAUGUACAUAUGUGAUGUUCUCCGGUAUUCACAUGGUCAAAGUGAUUAUUAUUUCCAGUUCGCUCAUGAUUGCGAUGGACCUGUAUACACCGUUUCACAAAAUAAAAAGUGUGAAUUGUAGAAA